AUGGAGGGUACAGCAACGCCUUCUUUGUCUCUGCUACGCUCUGGGGCCCCCACACCCAGGGGCCCCCCAAAGGCUUCAGCUUCUCCUAAACCUGCAGGCCGCAGCAAGCUUCUUCUGUCUUCGUUGCUGAUGCACAACAACACCAGAAGCACCAGCACUAGCAGCAGCAGAAGCAGCAGCAGUAGCAGCAGUGCUGCUGCAGCAGCAGUCUCCAAGCGCUCUUCUAAGGCCCCUCGUCAAACGCCGGAAUCUCCUUCUCUCUCGUGCUGCCGCUGCAGCAGCAAAGAGUGCGGGGGCCCCUGCAGCAGCAGCAGCAGCAGCAGCAGCCGCAGCAGCAGCAGCAGCAGCAGCAGCAGCAGCAGCAACCGUUUGGGGGCCUCGUCUUCUUUGCCUUGCAGACGUUUAUCUCGCAAUGAUGCCUCUGAAGGGGCCCCUACUGCAGCAGCAGCAGCAGCAGCAGCAGAAGAAGAAGCAGAAGAAGCAGCAACAGCAGCAGCAGUAUCAGCCCUUCAUUCUCUUCGAUGCGGCCGCAGCCACCAGCGAAAGCGCUGCUGCCCUCCUGCUCUACCCUCACCUCCGGGGGGCCCCCUGCUGGGGGCCCCCCCAGCUAAGGGUACUGCUGCACGUGACUCAGGGGAGACUGUCUUGGGGGCCCUCUACAAGAGUUUUAGAGCUGUUAUACGAUUAAAGAGAGCCUUCAAAGCAGCAAGAAAUUGCAGCAACCCCAAGGGCAUUUGUACACAAGCAAGCAGCAGCAAAGAGGGGCCCCCAGGGGCUUUGAGGGCCCCGAGGGCCCCUGGGGGGCCCCCAACUGCAGCCGAACCACCGGAGACACCCGAAGCAUGCGGCUGCAUAACACCGCGAAGGGGUAGCUUGGAGGGCCCUGGCUUUGAGCGCAGCAGCAACAGCAGCAACAGCAGCAACAGCAGCAGCAACAGUAGCAGCAGCAACAGCAGCAGAAGCACGAACACGGAUGCACGUGGGGGCCCCUAUCUAAGUACUGGAGGAAGCAGCACGCCUUUAGGGAAGGCUUUAGGGGCCCCCGAAUAUAUUGGGGCCCCCAGUGAUACCCUUCUAUGCGGAGCAGAGGCUUUUAAUCCUAUGCAAUUCAGCGCUGUUACUUUAAUUGCUUCUUCUUGUGGAGGCCCUCAAGACAAGAAGGGGGCCCCCUCAGAGGCAUCUCGUGAAGGGUACAGCUCACAAGAAGACCCAGAAAGGGGGCCCCUAGCUUCCGAGAAGGGCCCCCUAAAAGGAGAAAGAGACAGUGCUGCUGCAUGCAAGGGGGCCCCCUCUGAGGGGGCCCUCAUAAAUGCUCAACAAGCCGGAAGUCUAGAGGGGGGGCCCCUAUGGGGGCCCCCUGCAGCUACACUCGAUACAUGUUGUCUGCUGCAGCAACAACGUAGAUGGAAUGCUUCUUCUCUGCCGCUGCAGCAGCAGCAGCAGCAGCAGCAGCAGAGCCCUUCUAUCGAGGAGCAGAAGGCUUUCUUUGCUGCUUCUUCUUGGGGCCCGCAAGACUUCACGUUCAUCAGAACUGUGGGAACUGGGACCCUAGGGCGUGUGUUUAUAACCCGUUUGAAGGCCCGCGAAGCAGAAGGGGCUCAUGCAAGUUGUGUAAAUGAUGAAAGUUUAGGGGGGCCCCCAGGAUAUCCACCAACUUACAGCAGCAGCAGUAGCAGCAGCAGCAACAGCAGCAACAGCAGCAGCAGCAGCAGCAGCAACAGCAGCAGCAACAACAGAAGCACUGCAGCAGCGGCAAAAGCAGCAGCAAGAGCAAUAGAUAAAGCAGCAGCAGCAGCAACAGCAACAGCAACAGUAGCAGCAAGCGCUGCAGCAGCGGCAAAAGCAGCAGAAAGAGCAGUAGAUAGAGCCUCCACAGCAGCAGCAGCAGCAGCAGCAAGAGUAGCAGUAACAGUAAGAGUAGCAGCAGCAGCAAGACCAGCAGCUGUAGCGGAAGCAGCACAGGCAGCCACAGCAGCAGGAGCAGCAGCACGGGCACGAGCACCAGAUGUAGCUGCAGCAACAGCAACAGCAACAGCAACAGCAGGAAUAGCAGCAGCAAGCGCAGCAGCAAAUCCUGCUCGGAAUUCGUCUCCGUCUCUAUCUGUAAUUCUUUAUGUCUACCCCUGUCUAGGUGUGCUGUACAGGGAUCUCAAGCCUGAAAAUAUUCUAAUAGCAAGAGACGGGCAUAUAAAAGUAGUAGACUUUGGCUUUGCUAAACAAAUAGAAGCAGCAAAACCCUUUAUAUUGGGGGCCCCCCAAAGGGGGGCCCCCCCCUGCGAUCAUCCUGCAUGUCUUGCUGCUACUAUGAAGCAGUCUCUUGCUUCUUCUUUUUCUUUCUUUGCUGAAAGCUUUGCUGCUCCUACGGAGACACCCCACAAAGGCCCUUUAAUAUCAUCUGCUGCUGCAUCUGCUGCUGCAACUGCUGCUGCAUCUGCUGCUGCACCUGCUGCUGCAGCUCCUGCUGUAGCUUCUGCUGCACCUGCUGCUGCAGCUGCUGCUGUAGCUACUGCUGCAGCAGAUGCCCUGAAGGGAAAUAUGCAGGGGGGGGGCCCCUUCGAUCAGGGGGCCCCCCUCACCCCUAUCUUUAAAGGUUCUGCUGCAGAGAUAGAAGAAAUAAACAGCCCCGUGGAGGUUCUAAAAGAAAACUUAAAAGAAAUCGGAGAGACAGAAGAAGAGACAGGAAGUGAAGGGGUGCUGCUUCCUGCGUUGUCUCUUAAGCGACUACAGGGUCAAGGGGGGCCCCCCACCAAUAGAUUUAUAGAUGGGGGCCCCCUUGGUGAAUGCACAACGAGAGCAACAGCUUCAGGCUGGCUAGACUCCGGCUCAUUAUCUUCAGUACCGCCUCUUGAAGCAGCUUCAUUAGAAGGGUAUUGGGGCCCCUCUAUACAGCAAACACCCCCUUCUGGGGGGCCCCUUAGGGCCCUUCUAGGAGAGGGGCCCCACGGGGGCUCCCCAACUGGAGGGGGGCCCCCUGGGGGCCCCUCUGAAGACAGCUGCUCUCAAGGAAGCACAACAAGAAGGGUCCUGCAACUACAUGAAGAGUUACAGCAACAGAGACAACUAAAUGGAUAUAACUCCUUCAGCGCAGAGACACCCUUUUCUGCUGCUUCUCUACUCAACGAGAGGGGCCCCCAAGGGGCCCCCUCAACCCCUGUACAGCAGCAACUCACACUAGGUACAGGAGGCUCCAUAUGGGUACCAGGGGGGGGCCCCAUGCAGCAGCAAGCUGUAGGGGCCCCCCUACCUCGCUGCCUCUCCCUCGGAAACUAUGGCGUCAUAGACGGAGCCCAAUCGCAGCAACAGCAGCAGCAGCAACAGCAGCAGCAGCAACAGCAGCAGCAGCAGCACUUCCGAGAAGAAGAAAGAGAGCCUUCAGAGGCCCCUGCUGAGUGGGGGGUGCGCUCUUCUAUGGGUUUGGUUCCGGGGGCCCCCUCAUUAUCAAAAGUACCCAUGGGGGCCGCCCCGGUGUGGCUGUCCUCUGUGAGCAGCAGCAGGGGGGCCCCCCCACUUCAAGAGGGUACUGGAGGGGGGCCCCUAAGAGAGGGGCCCCUUGAGGGGCCCCUUGGAAGAGAAAGCUGGGUGUCUAUACUGCUAGACGAGACAAUAACAGAUAAAGAGGAGACAGAUAAAAGAAAGCGUUCAGAGGAAGUGCUGGAGGCGUCCCUAACCAACGCAGUGGACGGUGGGGCCUCUUCUGCAUCUCAGCCGGCAACAGCAGCAGCAGCAGCUGCUGCUGCAGUGGCAGCAGCAAUAGGCGCACAAGCAGCAGCAGCAGCAGCAAGGGCAGCGGGUGAAGGUGUCGUUAGUUCGCGUACAGGAGCAGCAGGAGCAGCAGAACCAGCAACAGCAUCUCCAGCAGCAUCAGCAACAGCAACUCCAGCAACAUCAUCAGCAUCAUCAGCAUCAUCAGCAUCAGCAGCAGCAGCAGCAGCAGCAGCAGCAGCAGCAGCAGCAGUGAGUUCUAAUUUGCCAGUGGAUAUACCAAUGGGGCCCCCACCAUUGGGGGCCCCCCUUGAGAUGAGCAUAGAGGCUGAUAACGAGCGGAGCUGCACAUUGUGCGGGACGAGCGAAUAUAUGCCUCCGGAGACACUUCUUAGAAAGGGACAGCACUUCUGCAGCGAUGCCUGGGCAUUCGGAAUACUCCUUCAUGAGCUCGUCUUCUGGUAUGCUGCUGCUGCUGCUGCUGCUGCUGCUGCUGUUGCUGCUGCUGGUGCUGCUGUUGCUGCUGGUGCUGAUGCUGAUGCUAAUGAUGCUAGUGAUGCUGCUAGUGCUAAUGGUGCUGCUGCUGAUGCUGCUGCUAAUGCUAAUGAUGCUGCUGAUGCUGAUGCUGAUGCUCAUGCUGCUGCUGCUGCUGCUGCUGCUGAUGCUAAUGCUAAUGAUGCUGCUGAUGCUGUUGCUGAUGCUGCUGCUGCUGAUGCUGUUGAUGCUGGUGCUGAUGUUGAUGCUGCUGCUGUUGCUGAAGAUUAUGUUGAUGGUUGUGCUGCUGCUGUUGAUGUUGGUGCCG